UUCUGGCAAUAGUUCAAAAUGGCAGUGCCCAAUGGCAGUAAGUGAUUUGAAAAGCAGUAGCAGCAGUAGCGAUGCGGUGGAGGUGGCGUGGUGCUGUGAGGCGGCAAAGCCGGCCUGGGGCUUGGAGCAACGGCCGCACGGGGCAGUGAAGCCAAGAGCCGGUGCUGCAAAUAACCAGUUGUCAACCUCCCAACCGAGCCUUAGGCCUAAGAUGGGUGAGCAUGAACAAGACGGCAACGAGCUUCAGACCACCCCGGAAUUCCAAGCCCACGUAGCCAAGAAGCUGGGAGCCCUGCUGGACAGCUUCAUUACCAUCUCAGAAGUAGCAAAGGAGCCAACAAAAGCUCAGGUACAGAAAGUCGCUUCAGAGGAUGAUGGUUUCCGCCUUUUCUUCACGUCUGUCCCUGGAGGCCGUAAGAAGGAAGAGUCGCCCCAACCCCGCCGAAAGCGCCCGCCCUCCAGCUCCAGUGAGGAUAGCGACGAGGAGUGGCGGCGGUGCCGGGAGGCAGCUGUGUCGGCGUCGGACAUCCUGCAGGAGUCAGCCAUCCACGGCGCUGGCACGAUGGAGAAGGAGGCAAAGAAGAAAAGGAAGUCGAAAAACAAAGCCAAGAAGGUGGCGGUAGUAGUCACCACCACCGCCCCCAGCGCGGCCACGGUCCAGAAGCAGAAGUCAGGUGAGCUCACCGGGGACCAGGUGUCGCUUGGAAUCAAAAAGAAGAAAAAGGCAAAGAAGGCCAGUGAGGCCUCUCCAUUCCCACCAGCAAAGAGUGCCACAGCGGUGCCUGCAAACUGAACCCAGCUGUGGGCACAGGGCUCGGCUCCAACAACAGGGUGCCCUGGGGACAAGGCAUUUUCAAGCCCUACCUCCCUCUCCAAGUUCAAGGACUGGGCUGGCAAGUCUAGACUGCCCAUAAGACCCUGUUGGUGAUGAGGGCUUGCCCGAGAUUCGGGACAAAAAAGUGGCUGUGGGUUCGAGGCCUGCCCGUCUGUGCUCCCAUGGGGGGUUGCGGGGGGAGGGGGGGGGCGGGGGGCGUGCUGUGGUUCCAGAACAUUGCAUGGCCUCAGGAAAAGGAGCUUUCCGGUUACUUGAGACUAGUGGCCAAGUGGUGAAACCUCUUGUCUCCCUAGAACUGUCUGAGGUGGGCAGGGGAAGGGAGACCUCCUCCUCCACCACCUCCUUAGCCUGUCGUGAGAAACCAUUUUUAGAAAAUGAGAGAAGGGAUCCCAAGAUGCCAAGGCCCAGAGAAACUUCUGUUCUUCUCCCCUUAGCCCACAUAGACUUCACAGAAGUGUCUGAGAAAGGAAAGAUUUUUUUCACCCCUGGCUUUCUAGAAUUUCUGUUGUCUGCAUUUGUGAAUAUACCACACAUGAUGGUGUCUCUGAGCCGGCCAGAUUAUGGAAACUCAAUUGUCAGGGGACCCAAACAAAACUGAGAGUGAGCUGG